GAUUGCUCCCGUUCCCUUCGACGUAACAUCCGGCCAACGAGCUGAGCUACCCAGUCAUGACUGCCAUUUAGCGGUAAUGACAACACACAGCACGUAGCGAAUAGCGAUACAUUUUCGUUCAGCAUUCCCACCAUUAAAACACUGCGUUUCAAAUGCGUAUAUACUUCUACCCAAGCCAUUGAUUACUUUUCGACAGCCCAAGACAUGCGUCUUUAUGUAGUUUGUCCAAGUAGCCAUUCCGUACUAGUCCACCGCGAAGCUACUUAAGGUUGUUUUUUUACAUUACCGCACGUGCUGCCCUUCAUAUGUACUGCCUUCCCAAAUCUGUUCUGAACGUAUCGAAUCCAUCGCCUUACACUAGUCAACGAGAAUAAAAACACCACCAGGUCAACAUUCGUACCCUGAUCGCCUCGACUCGCUGCACGUCGAAGUUUCUCGAGCUAGCUUAGCUUAGCUUGUUAGCCACCCACAGAGACGAGCUCGUGGGCAGUUUGAGUUCAGAGUGCUGCGAUUGCAGUGGGGAAAUGUGUGCAAAGGGUGUGAAAGAAGAGUACGAGCAGAAGGUCGGGGGAAUAAAAGAGGAGAGCGAGCAACCGAGGCAACUACCGGACGCUGUUUUCGAGAAGCCUCCAAUUGAGUUCCAAGGUGCAGCAGACAUCGGGGAGGACGACCUUUGUCUCGGGCAGCGGGAGGUCGAGCUCCCCAACAUGAAAGAAGAAGAGCAGGAGGAGGAUGUCACCGCCUUUCCUUUGACUAUCAUUGUGAAGAGUGAAGAAGGUGAUGAAGACCACGUUGGAGGGUCCCAAUCAGACGCUCUCUUGGCGCCACGCUCGGAUAGUGAUGACUCAACGUCACACUCGCGGGACACUGAUGACGGUGAACCCUCAAAAGGUGAUGUGUCGUGUCACGCUGACAAAAAGCACGUGAAAUGCUCGCAGUGUGACAAAACGUUCGACAGAAAGUCACUGUUGAUAAGGCACACCAGAACCCACACCGGAGAAAAACCAUUUGCUUGCUCACUUUGCGGUAAAAGAUUCUCUUUAAAGACAAAUUUAACAAUGCAUACCAGAACACACACUGGGGAGAAACCCUUCGCUUGCUUCGUCUGCGGUAAAAGAUUCGCAAAAAACACAAACUUAACAAUUCACACGAGAACACACACCGGAGAAAAACCUUUUGCCUGCUCAUUUUGUGGAAAAAGAUUCACUCAGAAGGGCGAUUUGACAAUGCACACAAGAACGCACACCGGCGAAAAACCUUUUGGCUGCACAGUGUGCGGUAAACGAUUCACCGAAAAGAAAAAUUUAACCACCCACACUCGGACGCACACCGGUGAGAAACCUUUCAACUGCAGCGUGUGUGACAAAAGGUUUUAUGUCAAGCGCGAGGUUAAGCGCCACAGGUGCGCCGGUGACAAGAGCGCCAGUCCUUGAAGCUGUGCAAGAAACUGAGGCUGCGCUCUGUGCUGCCAAUCGCCGACCUUUCCCCGACACGUUUAGCACACGAUGCCCUGGAAUCUCUGUUUCUGAAUGACACGGCUU